AUGAGCAGCCCUAACGCGGCUGUACAACUGUGCUAUGAGAAUGUGAAUGGAUCCUGCGUUAAAACGUUCUACUCGCCUGGGGCCCGGGUGAUUCUGUACUUGGUGUUUGGCUCUGGUGCCCUGUUAGCAGUGUUUGGAAACCUCCUAGUGAUGAUUUCAAUUCUUCACUUCAAGCAACUGCAUUCUCCAGCUAACUUCUUGAUAGCGUCCCUGGCCUGCGCUGACUUCUUGGUGGGGAUGACAGUGAUGCCCUUCAGCACAGUGAGGUCUGUGGAGAGCUGCUGGUACUUUGGGGAGAUAUAUUGUAAAUUUCACUCUUGUUUUGAAGGAUCGUUUUGUUACGCUUCUAUCUACCACUUGUGUUUUAUUUCUGUGGAUAGAUACAUUGCUGUUACUGACCCUCUGACCUAUCCAACCAGGUUUACUGCUACUGUUUCUGGUGUAUGUAUUGCCUUCUCCUGGCUUCUUUCAAUUAUUUAUAGUUUUUCUCUUCUUUACUCAGGUGCAAAUGAAACUGGGUUGGAGGAACUAGUAAAUGCUCUCUCCUGUGUGGGAGGCUGUCAAAUUGCAGUAAAUUCAAAUUGGGUAUUUGUGAAUUUUGUUUUGUUUUUCAUCCCUACACUUGUGAUGAUAAUUGUUUACUCCAAGAUUUUUCUUAUAGCUAAGCAACAAGCUAGAAAAAUUGAAAGUAUGAGCAACAAGACCGAGAAAUCAUCAGACAGCUAUAAAGAUAGAGUGGCCAGGAGGGAGAGAAAAGCAGCGAAAACACUGGGAAUUGCUGUGAUAGCAUUUCUGAUUUCAUGGCUACCCUACUUCAUUGAUUCAAUAAUUGAUGCCUUCCUUGGUUUCAUCACACCCACAUACAUUUAUGAAAUAUUAGUUUGGUUUGCGUACUAUAACUCAGCGAUGAACCCCUUGAUUUAUGCUUUUUUCUAUCCUUGGUUUCGAAAAGCCAUCAAACUUAUCAUUGCUGGCAAAGUCUUGAGAGAGAAUUCUUCAAAAACACAUUUAUUUUCUGAUUAG